UUGGGGAAAGGGAACUAUAAUCAGAUAUAUUCUAUGGAAAAAAAAGCUAUUUUCAAUUAAAAAAAAGCUGUGUGAAAUAAAUCGUAGCACAUAUGAAAGUAAAAAAAAAGCGAUAUAACUAUAGAAUGCCAUGUCUGUUUUAUAUUUACUAUAUAUUUUUUAUAUUUAUAAUUUUUAUUACAUUUUAUCUAUUUAUGGGGGCACACAAAUGACAUCACUGACAUGUGGAGGUCACAGAACAACCUGUGGGAGUCGCUUCUCUCCUUCUUCUCUGUGAGUCCCAGGGUUGAACUCAGGUCCUCAGCCUGGCAGCAAGAGCCCUCACCCUCUGCACCUUCUCACUGACCUAGGCCUAUAAUAGGUCCUGCAUUGCCACCUGGUUUCAUUAAGUCUCCACAGAAAAAUGACAAAGGCAGAGAGAAUCCAGGGCAAGUGUCACCAUUCUUCAACUCAGAGGAAGCAGAGAGUGGUGAAGAUGAGGAUAUUGUUGGACCGAUGCCUGCGAAAGGACCAGUUGACUAUAGUGUGACAGCAGAGUUUGAGAAAAGGGCCCAGAGAAUGAAGGAGAAAUUGACCAAAGGAGAUGAUGAUUCACCUAAACCAGUUACAAGAGAGUCAUGGAUGACUGAGCUUCCACCUGAAAUGAAAGACUUUGGUCUUGGGCCAAGAACCUUUAAGAGAAGAGCAGACGACAAAUCAGGAGACCGAUCUGUCUGGACCGACACCCCAGCUGACCGGGAGAGAAAAGCUAAGGAAAUACAAGAAGCAAGGAAGUCAUUGAGCAAGAAAGACGAAGAGAACAUGUUGUCAGGAAGGGAUAAAAGGCUGGCUGAGCAAGUCUCCUCAUACAAUGAAUCAAAAAGGUCAGAAUCCCUCAUGGACAUUCAUCAUAAGAGGUUAAAGACUAAGGCUGCUGAAGAUAAGAACAGGCACCAGGAGAGAACCCCUUUCGAUCGUGAUAAAGAUCUCAAGGUUAACCGGUUUGAUGAGGCACAGAAAAAAGCCCUUAUAAAGAAAUCCAGAGAACUGAACACCCGGUUUUCACAUGGCAAAGGCAACAUGUUUUUAUAAGUAAGUGUACUUCAGUGAGGUACACGCAUACUGAUCAGCCUGAAGCCCUCAGAAUAUGCCUUUGUCCAUAGUAAUUAUGUGCACAAAUACAUUUCCUUUUGUAUAAAGUAGAUUCAGGGUCUACAUUUUUAUAAAUUGUGACUUUUGAAAAGUUGGGGAAGGGGAGAUUGGGGAAAAAAUGCUUUGACUUCACAGUAGCCCGGCAAGACAUUUCUACUGGAAAGGGUUCCAGUGAAGAGAAAGGACUUGUCACAGUGUGGUGUGCAGCUUGAGGGGUCGUGUGCUCCAUUAGAGAGAAAGGAAAGGGUGUGUGUGUGUGUGUGUGUGUGUGUGUGUGUGUGUGUGUGUGUGUGUGUGUGUGAGAGAGAGAGAGAGAGAGAGAGAGAGAGAGAGAGAGAGAGAGGCUCACAGAGAUCCUCCUGCCUCUGUCCCCAAGUGCAGGGAUUAGAGGUGAGAACCACCAUGCUGUUCUUUGAACAUUACCGUUAGAACGGAUGCAUUCUUCAGAAGGCCUCUAAGUGCAGUGACACUGGUCGGCCAUAGAUCUGUAGUCCCAACCUGCAUCUGAAGAGAGACUGUGGUGUUGGGUAAGGAAUUGCUUCUUAAGCUCCUAUUGAUCUGUAGUAUUAUGACAUGGAUAUCAAUAUUCAGAUGUGAUUUUAAAGGAAAUAUAGACUUUAAAUUGUUUCCCAGCUUACUACACUGUUACAUCAGAGGAAUUUCCCUGUGUGAUGUUUGUCUGUCCACCAUUAUUUGUUAGAGAAUGAUCUUGAAAAACAUAAAUUUGCCCUGGUCUGUGUCUCCUUUAAGGUAAUAUGGAGACAAUCAGUGUUUCUUAUAUAGAAUAGGAUAUUUUGGGUGUUCUUGGCUUUUCUUCAUAUAAUUAUUUUAAGAGUCCAUCCCCCACAACACUACAGCCCCUAAACUUUUAUGGUGUUUUACAAGUUCCUUCUUAGUUCUGGGUGGGGUUGUACACUGAGUCUCUACCAAAGCCUGGGCCUUUUUUUUUUUUUUUCAAAUAUAUUUAACCUACCGUAUAAUCAUUGUGUCAGGCUGUCUUAGUUAGAGUUUUAUUGCUGUGAACAGACACCAUGACCAAGGCAACUCUUAUAAGGACAGCAUUUAAUUGGGGCUGGCUUACAGGUUCAGAGGUUCAGUCCAUUUUAUUUUUUUUUUCUUUUUUUUUUUUCUUUUUUUCGGAGCUGGGGACCGAACCCAGGGCCUUGCGCUUGCUAGGCAAGCGCUCUACCACUGAGCUAAAUCCCCAACCCGGUUCAGUCCAUUUUCAUCAAGGCAGGAACAUGGCAGCAUCCAGGCAGGCAUGGUACAGGAGGAGCUGAGUUCUACAUCUUCAUCUGAAGGCUGCUAGCAGAUACUGGCUUCCAGGCAGCUAGGAUGAGGGUCUCAAAGCCCAUGCCCACAGUGACACACCUACUCCAACAGGGCCACAUCCCGUAGUAUCGCCCCUCCGUGGGUCAGGCAUAUACGGACCAUCACAAAGGCCCUUGCACAUCCAUGAGUUUCAAGUUUCUUUGUCUUCCAACUGGACCUGUGAAAGCAAGCCUGCUGGGAUACAGAGCGUGGAGCACUUGCCCUUCCUGCCGUUGUAUCUCUUCGCCUGGGACUAUUUAUUUAGUGUCUAUCAAGUUGUUAGUGUUUUUAUUGGUUUUAAGAUAAACAAGCUGUUUGAUUAGCUCAGCUUAAGAAAAUAUUCUUGUGAUUUCAAUAGUAAGUAUUUGUCAGGAGGCAAUCUGAAGGAUGUCAUUCUCAUCUAUUGUCAUCCGUGUGAAGUCUAGGACUCUGUCUGCAUGGUCUCACCAAAGCUGUCUGCAUCUCUGAACUUCACAUGGGGUCAUCUGAUUCAUAUAUGUGUAUAGCACUUUGUUCUGGUGUACUGGAAUGUUAAUUCUGAAUGACUUUUUAAAUAACUGAAUGGUCCCUGGCAAUGGGGAAUCUGUACUCAGAACCAGCCAGUGGGAGUAUUACAUGCUCCAGUGCUGUGCGCACUGCCUCUUGAGCUGUUAAGCAGACACUCCUACGUCGGGAGAGGGGCGCUAAGUGCGAAUUCUGUGUGCUUCGUGCAAGUUUGCUGGUUCUACUGACUCUGCACUCUAGUUUUCAUGAAGCAUAGGGGUUUAAUGGGAAAAUGUUUUGAUUCCCAAUCCAUGUGAACUUUAUAAAAAUUGGGCAAACUGUUCAAAUUACAAUAUAAAGUAUUUCUUAAUAGUGUCACACUUGGGGCUGGGGAUUUAGCUCAGUGGUAGAGCGCUUACCUAGGAAGCGCAAGGCCCUGGGUUUGGUCCCCAGCUCUGAAAAAAAGAACCAAAAAAAAAAAAAAAAAAUAGUGUCACACUUUUUGUACUUGUAUAAACAACCUAUUGAAGGACUACUGCUUCUUAAAACCUGAGUUAUUUUCAGUAAAUUGAAGAGGCUUCUUGUCCACGUAGAUUUGGACAGACCUUCCCUUUGACUAAAGUGAGUGGGUUUCUGCAUAUAAAACUUUAUGAGUAUUAAUUCUGACAAGGCAUGGUGAUGAACACAUUUAAUCCCAGAACUUGGGAGGCAGAGGCAGGCAGUUCUCUGAGCUCAAGGCUAGCCUGGUCUACAGACAGCCACGGCUAUGUAGAGAGACCCUGUCUAAAAAAUCCAAGAAAAGGGGGUAUUUAUUCUGUCCUUUUCAUUUUGCGAUUUUUCCCUCCAAUGAAAGGAAAAUGGUUUUUUGUUUUUGUUUUUUAGCAAUGAGAAAACCUAACAUAUUUUGUGAAAAUUGGUACUUUUUAAAAUUAAAAUACUAAGAAAUAAAUCUUUUUAAAGAGA